AUGCCAGGGGGAAAGAAGGUGGUCCCAAGUGGCAGCAGCAGUGCCUCCCCGAAUGCAGCCGCCGCCAGCGCUGCUGCUGCUGCUGCCGCCGCCUCCCACUCUGGCAUUAAACGUUUGGAGACCAGCGAAGGGGCCUCAGCACAGAGAGACGAGGAACCAGAGGAGGAAGGGGAAGAGGACCUACGAGAUGGAGGUGUCCCUUUCUUCGUCAACCGAGGUGGACUGCCAGUGGACGAAGCCACCUGGGAAAGGAUGUGGAAGCAUGUGGCCAAGAUCCACCCGGAUGGAGAGAAGGUGGCCCUGCGGAUCCGUGGGGCCACGGACCUUCCCAAGAUUCCCAUACCAAGUGUGCCUACUUUCCAGCCGACGACGCCCAUCCCCGAGCGCCUGGAAGCCGUGCAGCGCUACAUCAGGGAGCUGCAGUACAAUCACACGGGGACACAGUUCUUUGAAAUUAAGAAGAGCAGACCUCUGACAGGGCUGAUGGACCUGGCCAAGGAAAUGACCAAAGAGGCUCUGCCAAUCAAAUGCCUGGAAGCUGUGAUCCUGGGAAUUUACCUCACCAACAGCAUGCCCACCCUGGAACGUUUCCCCAUCAGCUUCAAAACCUAUUUCUCAGGGAACUACUUCCGCCACAUUGUGCUGGGGGUGAACUUUGGGGGCCGCUAUGGAGCCCUGGGCAUGAGCCGAAGGGAGGACCUGAUGUAUAAACCUCCAGCCUUCCGCACACUCAGUGAGCUCGUGCUGGACUAUGAGGCGGCCUAUGGCCGCUGCUGGCAUGUGCUGAAGAAGGUAAAGCUGGGCCAGUGCGUAUCCCACGACCCCCACAGCGUGGAACAGAUUGAAUGGAAACACUCAGUGCUGGACGUGGAGCGGCUGGGUCGGGAAGACUUCCGCAAGGAGCUUGAGCGGCACGCCCGAGACAUGCGUCUCAAGAUUGGCAAGGGGACAGGCCCUCCCUCUCCCACCAAGGACCGGAAGAAGGAUGUUUCUUCCCCGCAGAGAGCCCAGUCCAGCCCACACCGCAGGAACAGCCGCAGUGAGAGACGGCCGUCAGGGGAGAAGAAGCCUGCAGAGCCCAAAGCCAUGCCAGACCUCAAUGGGUACCAGAUCCGGGUGUGAGGCUGCUGCCAGCACCCCCAGGCCUCCUCUGCUUCUGGAGGCCCUGACCUACCUGCAGGAAAGAAUCUACUCCCUUCAGGCAGGGGCUGGUGAUCCGGUGGGCUAGGGGUGGGAGGCAGGAAGGAUGCCUUGCAGAUCAGCCCCAGGUGACUUCCCCUCUCACAGAGCCAAGCCCCUAACCUUGGGCCAAGAAGCAGUUAGUAUUUCAUUUGGAGUUUUAACCCUACAACUGAAGUUUAAGGUAUUUGGAGGGAAAGGCACGUGGAUAUGCUGGUAGCUGGCAAGGCUUGCUCUUUCUGUGCACUCUGUGGCUUGGGGAGGAGGGCUUGCUGGCUCUGUGGUGCUCCAAUCAGCAGUGAUGAGGUUGGCUAGCCUCACCAGUCUGUGGGGUGAGGGUGGGGUGGGGUCGGGAUGGAGAAUCAUGACCCAGGAAAAGGGAAGCAGGGUAGGGGUUCCCCUGAGAAAGGUCCAUGUAGUCCUCAAAUCAGGAACGUGGCGGAGGACACAUCUGUUUAAGGUGGAAGCCUAUGAUCCAGGAGAGCCCUCGGGUCAGCAUGACUCUUUAGACAGCACUGUGCCCCUCCCAACACAUACACAGGCGCGCGCACGCACACAUACACACACACACACACACACACACACACACACACACACACACACACUGUCACCAUAGCCAGUGUGUGAUUAAGCUAUAGGCAGACAAGGAGAGGACUGUUCAGGGAAGAGUUCCUGGCCCCCAGCACACUAGACUGGUUCAGUCUAGUCUUGACUCUUACUGCAGCCUGGGGACUCCUUGCAGAAGGGCUGGACUUUGUAAAGCGCCCAGAACUGCACUGAGGAUACCAUGACCUUGAGAAACUGGCUGGGGCUGGAGUAGGUGAGUGGGGGCCUCUAGUUGUUUGAGUGGGCUCUUUUCUCCCGUUCUAGUCAUCUCAGCCCUUGCUGGGGAAACAAGACUAGACCAGGAUGCCUAUACCCAAGGCCCACCUUCCCUUCCUUAGCUGCCCAUUUAGGCUUGGGGUGGCAGCCAACUUGAGCGGAUGGAUCCGUGGGGCACUGGAAGGGAGGAGGCCAGGCAGGCAGCAUCAGGAGUUGUCUCUCUCGCGGCCCUCAGGCAAGAGAUCCCGGAUAGGAAAGUGAGGGGUGGAGAGGGGCUGUCAGGGCUGGGGGAGGAGAGACAGCCCAGGAGUUGGGAGUGUAAGUGAGACAGUGGGAGGCAGUGCAGGAUGGGGCCCUGUGGGGACUGUGGUCCCUGCAGCACAGACAGUACUUGUCAGGUUGCUGGAGGCUUUAAGUGACGGGAUAGCAGGAUGAGGUGACCGUGAAUGUGCUUUCCUGAGAAACAGAGUCAGCCAGAGCAGCUGCCACAUGGCUGCAGAGGGUAGAGGGCUUGGUUAAGAGCAACCGAACUCAAAUGCCUGCAGGACCAGCAGAUGAGGAAGAGUUCUGGGUGGGACUGUGUCCAGGAAAGAGCACACCCUGCUAAAGUGGGCUGCUGUGUUCUGCUGUUCCCACAGGGCAGACCCUAUGUGGUAGUUUUUUUUUGGGGGGGGGGAGGGAGUGCUUUGGUUUGUUUGUUUUUUUUUAAGGCCAGGGCUUUGAAUUAGAACAUGAAUGGUAAUUUUUAAAAAUUAACAAUCCGUUCAAGAAAUGAUCGCUAUAGGUGAGAAUAACCGGCCUCUCGGGUAGAGAGCUUGGACUGGUUGUGGGGAGACUCCUGGGUGCUGUGCGUGGAAAAGUGGCAGUUUUAAGUUUCCCAGAGGCAGAAAGGGCCUGCUUCCUAUGUCAUCCCCCUCACCCCACCCUACAGAGACCAUGCGUGUGGUUGCUGGCUCACAGAGGGGGUACAAUGGGAUAGAACGGUGAAGCUUGUGCCUGCCAGGAAAUGGAAGGUGGCUGGAAGUAGAGAGGAGGGAGAGGGAGGAGAGGAGGAAGAAGGAGAGAGGGAAGAGGAGGAGGGAUGCCUUUGCUGCUGACCGGUAUCACACAGAGGCUGGCUGCCCAUCACACCAACAGCUCCUAGACCCAGAGACAAGCCCGUGGAACCCAGCACAAGGAGCCAUGGGGGGGGGGGGGUGCUGGCUGCUUUGUCCCUUGCCUCACCUGGUUCCUCCUGGGGUCAGAGGGUCCCUGGGAAGUGCAUAGCCUUCCCCUAGGCUAUACCCCUGGCCAGGCCCAUGGCUGGAGCCCCAAAGGGGCAUAAGACUAUUGGAUCUGCUUCAGAGUUCAGGAAUAGGGCAGUGGUCCCCAUGUUCCCAUGCCCACUUUAAGCGGUACAAGGCUGGACAAGAUCUUUUUUGGAUCUGAACAUGGCUGCUUAUCCGUAGCCCUGUAUGUCUCUGGGAACGUCAAGAUGUGACAGAAUAUGGGAGAAAGAGCUGUAAGGGGAUCUGAAGUCAGGUAUGUGGCCCGGGAAAGAAGGGAGCAGGUGGGUGGGGCACUGACUUGUUCCGGGUGUGGGGGAACAGCUGAAGGCCAGUGUGACCCCCCCAUGCUGUUCCCCUCUCCUGAGCUAAGGACCUCCGGCCUGUGGAGACUGUCAUGGGCCACCAUGGUGCUUUUUAUUUUUUACUCUUUAGUCGUAUGUAGCAAGUCAUCCUCCCCUCAGGGGCCGUUUACACAGGCUGUGCUUUCUGGGAGCUGGCCUGGCUGGAUGGCUUCUGGCAGAGGCAGGGGCAGGGACUUUGGGGCCUUAGUCACCACCCAUGGCAUCACUUCAUCUCACUUCCUGUGAGGGACAGGGAUCUGGCAGGUGUGACCCCAGGCUCCUGGCUCACACCUGCCUUAGCUUCUCGGACCCGCCCUUGGGGACUGCUGGCUGAGGAGGGUCAAGGUGAGGGCAGAGGUGUUGGUCAGAACCCUGGGAAGCCGUCUUCAGAGAACCUUCCUCUCUACCCAGCUACCUGCCAGUCCUUUCCCUCCAAAACCUCACAUUCCCAUGCUCCCCUGUUCCCUCAUGCCAGCCACCCAUCCUUAGUGGGCAUGGCCAAAUGGGCAGAGCGGCAGCCCCCUGGCCCCAGACUCGAUGAUGAAGCCUAGAGACCGGGUACUGAGGAGCAGACUCAGAAAACAACCAUGGCUGAUGUCUAGUCCUUUCUGUUGUAUCAUGCCCCAUCCCCUUCCAGCUGGGAUGACUUCCGGCUCAAGGGAAUAGGUCUGAUGAUAGCUGUGCAGUGAGUGCCCUGAGGACUGUGUGCAUGUACACCUGGCUGUCCUGCCUGGAAUGAAUUCUGGCUUACCGCAUGCCUGCCCCACCCUGACAUGCUGCCAGUGGUGUUAAGAGUGCAAGGAUGUGCAGGUGAGAACCAAGAAGCCAGAAGUGUAAAAGGCCAGGCUAUUCUAGGAGGAGUAGGUGGGAGCUAAGGGUUAACCCUGCCAGGUACCACAGCUUCCCCCCAGCAUCUCGGGGCAGGUGGGGCUGCACAGGGUUAGCUGCAAGUCCCCUGCUAGGACCCUCUCACUCCGUCCAGCUCAGUGCUUUGGGAUCCCAAGCCUCCUUGUUAAGUCUAAAGAGAAGUCUGGAUAUAGUCGAGCCCUGGGCCCAUGAUGAUGGACAUCCACCCCGGGUGCUUUGUCCGAAUGCUGUGUUGUCCUCGAUGUCUUUAUCCGUCUUUGUAUCAGUAUUAUCCCUGCCUUUCACCGCACACUCUGUCUCAUUCCUUUCUCACUUUCUUCCCCGAAAUGAAUAAAGUCUCCCCAGCUCCUCUUGUAUGGGCUGGCAGAA